UUGUGCAUGUUGAACAUUGAAUAUGGCGGAUAAAAAUAACAAGGGCGCUAAAAAAAUAUUUUUGUCAUCAAAUAAAUUUUUUAAAGUGUGAAUGAUUGGAAUAUCGCUUUCGGGUAUUUGCUGUAAAACUAAUUUGUUAAUAUAUAUUAAAAAAUAUAGAUAACGAUGUCCGCGAUAAAAGUUAAUUUCGAAAUAGGACACGAAGCUUCGAUGAAAUCGAAGAAGACUCCAGAAGGAUUUACUCAUGAUUGGGAAGUUUUCGUGCGAGGUCAAGAAGGUGCUGAUAUCAGUCACUUUGUUGACAAAGUUGUUUUUCUUCUUCACGAAACUUUUCCCAAACCCCGAAGAGUUGUUAAAGACCCUCCAUUUACGAUAAAAGAGGCAGGUUAUGCAGGCUUCAUCUUUCCAAUAGAAAUAUAUUUAAAAAAUAAAGAUGAGCCAAAAAAAAUUAAAUUUUCUUAUGACUUGACAUUACAGCAAAGUGCUUUUCUUAAAGAUCGCUACAUUUUUCAAAAUCCCAAUGAUGAGUUUAAAAGAAAAUUGUUAAAAGGAGGAGGAAUUCCCAUAAGUAACAAUGCUUAUUAUACAAAUCCUGAUCAAGAAAGUAGAAGUAGAGAUUCUUUUACUGAUGAUAAGCAACAACUUCUUAGCAAACCAAAGCUUUCAUCUGAACAUACAAAAAAACAUAAAACAAAAGAGUUUAAAGAUGAAAUACCUUUAAAAGCAAGUAGUUUUGAGACACUUUUUGGAGCACCUAUUCAGAAACCUCUUAAAGUUUCACCUGAUCCAAAGAAGAUGGAAAAGAGCACACAACCUGUUAAAUCAGAAAAGAAAGAAAAAGAGAGGUCAAGUUCCGAUAAGAAAUCAAAACAUGAACAUAAAGAGAGUAAACCAGAUAAGACCAAAGUUAAAGAAGAACGGGAGAAACAAAAAGUUGAAAAAUUAAAAAACCAUAGUAGAGAACAAGAAAGAUCUAAAGAUAAAACAAGUAAGAGAGCCAGUGAGAAGCCGCCUUCACCAGAGCCACCUAAAAAGAAGUGUCUUAGUCCAAAUCGCAAAGUUCCUAGCCCAGCACCACGUUCUAGUAGUGCUCAAAGUAUUAAAGAAGAGUAUAAACCACAAAAGCAUAGUUUAGAUAACUUUGAACACAAAAAAAUAAAAGUAGAAGAAAGACCUCCUGAUAUAAAGCCAGAAAAAGAACCAAAAGAGAAAAAGAAAAAAGAGAAGAAAAGUCAUGAUAGGGAAAGAGAGAGGAAGGAAAAGAAAGACCACAAAAAAGAGACCCAUAAAAUUAAAGAUUUAGAACCUCCAAAAGAAGUAGUUAAAGAAUUGCCAAAAGCAAGGGAAGUUAUUAAAGAUAAAGAAUCUAAAGAUUCACCAAUUAAAGAGAGACAAAUAAAACCAGAGAAACCAAUCAAUAAAUUUUCGAUUGAAAAUUUGAGAAAAACCCCUCCACCAGAAGUUGAGGAACGUUCGGAUUCUCUGAAAACAAAAGAAAAGGGUGACUCCGAAAGAAAACAUAAACAUAAGAAGAAAGAUAAAAAACGUGAUGAAUCAAAAGAAAAGCACAAAGAGAGCAGUAAAGAAAAAAAACGUAAACAUGAGAAAGUCCGAGAAUCUCAAGAAAAUAAAGUGGAAAUUGUAGAACACAGAGAAACACCAAUUCCUAGGGAGCGUCAUAUACCAGAACUUGCAUCACCAAUUUCUAUAGAUACAGCAUCACAGUGCAGCUCAAAAAGUGGCUUAACUAAAACUAUUCAUAUAGGAACUGAGGAUAUUAAUAGCAGUCAUUCAGAUUCAGAUAAUUCAAUUAUAAAUGAUGAUGAUGAUGUAAAAAUAAAAACAGAGCAUCUCUCACCUGAACCGGUUGUGAAGCGUGAGCCGUCACCAGAGCCACCAGAACCAGAACCUGUACCGGUUCUUAUACCUAUUGAGAAUCCACCAGUCCAAAAAUCGAAAAAACAUAAAGAUAAAUCAUCAAAGAAAGAAGAAAAGCGACGUAAGAGAAAAGCUGAGGCAGAGGAAUUAGAAAAUCGCAAAGUUGCGAAGCCAAAUGAUUCUGCCCCUGUUAUAGGUGAGACUGAUUGCGGAGAGAGUAGUGCAUCUACAUCAAUGGAGACAAAAGUGCAAGACAAUGGUGUUUCAAGCAGCCUAGGUGAAGAUGCAGAACCUGGUGACUUGUCACCUGACUAUAUGGUACAGUUGAGAGGUCUACAGCAACGCAUUAUGAUGAUAAAAAAUAAUGAGGAUCUCGAGAGAGUGGUAAAUUUAAUAGCAGAGACUGGUAGGUAUGAAGUGACGACCCAGACAUUUGACUUCGACCUGUGCCUGUUAGAUCGUUCUACUGUUCAACAGCUUAUACAGUUGGUUGGGUGUUAGUUGUUAUUGAUAUUCUGUAAACUCUUUAUACACCAAUAUGUUCUGAAAUAUUGUUGAAUAUCAGAUAUCGUAAUCCUAACAUGGAUAGAAAGGAAUAUAAAUAUAAGUGUUUCACUUUAUAUUCUGUAGUAAUAUAUAUUUUAUGAUAGUAAGAAUAAAAUCUCAAUCAUGAUAAUAUGCAUUAACAUCAACUAUUUGAAAACUUUUAAGUGCAAUACUUUAUAGAAAAGUAAAGAUAUAAUAAGACUGUUGAAAGAUUGUUAAAAACUUGUAUAUUUUGUACAUUAUUAUAUUAAUAUUGAUAUACUAAGUAAUUAACAAGUGCGCCACAUGAAUACAAUUAAUAACUUGUAAAUAGAAAAUUAAGGAUUUUGUUAGUAACUCACAAUUUAAAGCUCUUUGAACAUGAUAAAUUUCCAUGAAUGUGGCAACGCUGUUGAACGCUUGGUAUAUGUGAAUAUAUGGAACCUCCAUGGUCAUAGCGAUCUGAGGCUAUUAUAAUUUUAUUUAAAGUGAACUUUAUUAACUUAUUAGUUUAUAACACUUAAUGGCAUAAAUUAGAUCCUAGUUAGAUAAUGUUGGCAACAAUUUGAAAAUAAGUUCCCAUCUCUAACAUUAUUAUUGUUUUCAUAUGUUUAAUUGUAAUAAUCUAUUAAAGUGGCACUUUUAUUUAUAAAAUCUACACUGAAUAAUAAUAGGAAUAUAUUUAAGACUAUAAUUGUGAUUAGAACAUAAUAAUAUUGGCUUUUUCUAAUGCCUUAUGUGUUUGUUACGUAAUUUAUUUUUUAUUUAUAAAUACAAGAAAUAUGUAGGUAUUUCGAAGAAAU